ACCCUCGCGACACGGAAGAGCGAGAAGCGAAGAGUGCGUCCAGCCGCGCGCGCCAACCGCCUAGGCGAGGAAGCGCGCAACCGAGAGAACCGUGCGAACCGAGCUCGGCUCCUCGUCAUCGUCCCGACGUAGGUGCAGUCUGCUUCCCUUCGCCGUUCGGGCCACUUGCUCGGGCAGCCUGUGCGCGAAUCGGUCUCACGAGCACAGCGUGCUGAAGCAGGAUCCCCGGUCGACGCGGCUACUUCUCGAGAUCAUCAUCGCCGAGGACUGUCUUUACGCGCGAAUACGUACGAGUGAAGGGUCAGUUUGUCGAUCGUCAGUUGAUCGUCAGAUAUCGAGCGAUAUUUCGGCGAACGAUCCUCCUCCGCGCUAGCGUGUCGCGAUCGACUCCGGGAUUCCCUGGGUCGUCGACCCGCGUUUCUUCCUGCCUCUCGUCGUUCUGCGCGAGUGUCGCGUAGCGUCUCUCACGGCGAGCGGAGUGCAGUCUCGGUGUCGCGACGUUCUUCGGCGUCUUUCAUCUUCCGUGAGAAUUCCUCCAGCUACGAGGCUUGCCUCUUCCAGUCGGUGUACACGCGACUGACCCUCCGCCGUCUCUCUCCCUCUCGCUCGCUUUCUCUUUUUCUUCUCUCUCUCUCUCUCUCUUGCUUCGCGCCAGCAUGGGGGACCAGGAGCAACAGGAAACAAUUCCGAGCGUGGUGGAGCUGAACGUGGGUGGCGUCUUCUAUACCACCGCCUUGACCACUCUGACACGCGAGAGCGACUCGCAUCUCGCCGAGCUCUUCACGCGCAAAUCGGCCGUGCAGAAAGACGCCAAGGGCAAGUACUUCCUGGACCGCGACGGCGUGCUCUUCCGUUACGUGCUGGACUUCCUGCGCAAUCAGGCGCUGGUGCUACCCGAGGGCUUCCGUGAACGCGAGAGGCUUAUGCAGGAGGCCAGUUUCUACGGUCUGGCCGGAUUGGAGAAGGCGAUCUUGGAGAACGCUGACGACACCGCCGCCUCCGGCGCGCGUGCCGGCGGCGCGGCUGGCAAACGCUCGCCAGGAUACAUCACCAUCGGCUAUCGGGGCAGCUUCGCCUUCGGCCGCGAGGGCCUGGCCGACGUCAAGUUCCGCAAGCUCUCGAGGAUCCUCGUGUGCGGCCGCGUGGCGCUCUGCCGGGACGUCUUCGGCGAGACGCUGAACGAGAGCCGCGAUCCCGAUCACGGCAUGUCCGAUCGCUACACGUCGCGCUUCUUCCUCAAGCACAGUGUCAUCGAGCAGGCCUUCGACAUGCUGCAGGAGCAGGGCUUCAGGCUGGCGGGCAGCUGCGGCUCCGGCACGGCCGGCAGCAAUUCCGAACAGCUCAAGCCUGGCGUGGACUCCGAGGAGAAUCGCUGGAAUCACUACAACGAGUUCGUCUUCGUGCGCGAUUAAAGAAUCUCACGAAAGGCUCUCCCUCUCUGAUGAUCGCGAGAAGAGGAGUACUUCGGCUGACUUAAUUAUCAUCGUCGCUGGCUCGCACCUUGUAAAUGUGCGAGGCGGCGAUCGCGACCGCCGCGGGAGAAGACUUCUUCGGAUACUCGAAUGGGUUCGUAAACGGAAGCGGGAGACGUUCGCGGGAACACGUGUGCGCGUAAGGCGCGAUAAGUGCGAGACUAUCGUCGAUAGAAUACAUCAGAAUACAUCAGAGAAUACAUAAUGAGGUCGAUAUCGGGCGACGUCAGGCUUAAUAAAAGUUCGUACGAAAACGUCGGGCGUUCGUUUCGCGGAGUUUCUAGCUAAUUUUCUCUCUUGUGAGAAAUUUUUCCCAGAGUCACACCGCUGUUAUCAAUCAAUGCUGAAGCGACACAAAUAGGAAUUGGGACAUUUCGACGUUCCCGAGAAUACCAGCGUCGUCAACACUUUCUAAGAUAUUAGUUUUCGAGAACCACUAUAAUUGAUUCUGUCAUCCGAAUGAAGAGAAUCAAUAGAACGAAAAGCACAUUGAAGAUAAAUCUUUGAGCGUUGUUUUUCCAUGCAACGCUCUCUCUCUCUCUCUCUUCCCCUCGUCUGAAAUAUUGAAAACAUUGAUAACGAGAAAUUGAACCUCUUUCUGUAUUAAAGAAAACAACAAACUCGAGUUUACCGCACAAACUACGUCGAAACUUUGAACGCUCAUACUUUCGAAAUAAAUAUCGUAGAAAAUUGUAAACAGCGAGUUUAUCAAUAAAUUAUUUAUUAGUUUAUUAUUAAAUUAUUAACAUCGAGGAAUUGUCCGGGGAUAUCUAUUUUAAAUCUGUCAGAGAUUUUAUGGAACUCGUAGCCGUACAAUGUUUUACGCGUAAUAUUCAUUUAUAUGAGUUUAGUGCACAAACUGUACAAAUAAAGUCGUAACCUCCUCUGAAUACGGCGUGUUAACAUCUUCCGUAAGCGGAACGCGCCGACGGCGGCAUAAAAUCGCCGAUAAAAAAAAGGCCGCCUCCACCAUAGGUUGUUCCGAGCAAGAGACGUUUAUUAAAAACCAGUCUCGCGUAAAUCCAGGAGAUGAAAGACGCCAAUGUCGGGCGUUUUUCAUUGCUAUAGUGGACGCGCGGUAAGACGGUGAAUGAAACGUGUGGAAAGAAAGCGGAUCGGAACGAAGGGCAGGGUGGUGUUGAAAUAUCUGCGAACAGACGCGACUUGGCCGCUUAAAAAGGCAACCAACGUGUCGGAUACGUCGGUGAUAAAUGUAAGUAGAAGCGACGGGCGGGAAAAUGUGAGAAAACACACGAACGCAGGACGGACGACUUGACGCGGAAGUAUAUCGGCCGCUGUUUUAAAAUCGCAUCGGAUGACGCAAUAAAGUUCGCAUUUUUUUCACUCGCCGUCGCUGAGGAAAUUAAAGGCGAAUGGAAAAUCCCAGCCGUCGUCUGCGUUAAUGAGACCAUCAUUUAAGGAAAGUUUCCGGCGCUAGUCCGCUAGUUCGAGUAGUUAGAAUCAGUAAAUGGCCGGACCGAGUAGUCACUGUUAGAUUACGGUCAAACCGAGUAGCAGCUGCUGAUCGCUAGUCGGACCAAGUAGUUAACGGCACGCUAAAGUCGGACGUUUUCUUUAAGUAGAAAGUAUGCAGAAAAGGGCGGCGCGGCGAGAACACCGCAGAUACUAACGUCCGGUGAAUUAUCGUUUCUAGAUAAACUCGGCUUGAACAGGUGCCUAGCUCCGUUCUUGAUGGGUGGAGAGGCUUGUCGAAUGCAUGUAGUUACAACCCGACACGAUGUCAAACGCGCUAUUCAAUCCGACGGAAAUGUCGGAACAUCAGAUAUCUCUCUUCUAAUGAUCUUUUGUCGCUUCUUAAAAAGCACGAACGAUUCGGCGCUUUUUCCUCCAUCCGAAAUUCUCUUUUCUCAAAAAAGAGCGGAACAUAAGUGUGACGGGCAAUUUGUAGCUUUCGAUCCGUGAACUAGCGGAAGUGUUGGAGCACGAAAAACGCGUAGUGUUGUUACGAAUCUACUUAUAGUGAGUGUCGCGUCAAAUAAAUUCUGUAAAAAGUAUACUUGCAAAAUUAGCUGGAUAGCAUACUUCGGGUAUUUUUUCCUUUUUUCAUAGUUGUGAUUUUCUGGGUGGCGGAAUAUGUUUAAAAAAGUUUUACGGCAAAUAGUUUAACGAAAAAAAAAAAAAAAAAAAAAAUUGCAAACUAUUUUGAUUAGCUGCAUGCCAACUUAUCGCUACUGCCAAAAGGCAUUUCUUUGCAUACUUGAAGUUUAACUCACUUUAACGAAGUAUUAACUUCUUUAGUGCCGUUUUAUUAGUCUGCAAAAAUACUCAAAGUAAAAGGUAGCGGACUCUGACUUGAGAUUCUUCCGCCUUCACUGUGCGCCGGGACACGCAACAUAUCGUUUAUUUGUCCACUUAUUACGAAUAAUCGUUCGCAUGUUCCAAGUGAUGAAAGUAACGAGGUAUUCAUCGCGAUUAUAAUCUCUCGUCGCAACAGGUUAUCGUGUGACGGACCGUGUUUAGAGAUUGUGCCAAAGAAUGCCGACGGCGUGCAAUAGACGAGACAGAUAUCAAAUUUCGCAUUGGUUUUUUUUGUUAUCGUAAAAGUACAACAAGCGUCGAAGAAUGGAGAUAAUGUAUCUUGUAUAUCGCGUUUAGCAGUGUUCCAUAUAUCGUUACGAAAUGACACUUAUUAUCACGACAAUCGAUGAGAAUCACGAUGAACAUAUAGAGUUUUCUCAAUUUUAAAUAAACGCUUGACUUUUCAACGGAACCAAAAUGAUAUAUUGCGAAAAAUUUAUUGCGAAUCUAUUAUACACCACGGAAAUCCAGACGGAAAUCCACAGUUUGAUAUUUGCUCUUUAUAAUCUCGACACAUUGCGGUCGGCCGAAAAUAAUUUUAAAGCAGUGAUGCGAAUCAUGGUUGUUAUUGUUAAUGCGUGGUCAGCUGCUCGAUGAAUGACGCAUCUGCGUUCGCAGUAGAUUGAUUUAUAAUGACGUUAUGCUUGGAUUGUGUGAGUUAUGCGUGUCAACGCGAGGUAUAAUGUGUAACCGAGAAACGUUGAUAGCCCAGUGUGCGCUCGAGAUAAUUUAAUUUAAUCUCUUCGCCUUCUGCUGUUCAACUUUAAUUAUUCGCAGCUGAGAGACAUCUCACGUACGGUGCUACGCAAAUUUUGGAUGGCAUUCCGCGCUAAUUGCUUAGGUGUCAUUAUUGCAUCACGUUGCACAGUGAAACGAGUGAACGACGUUUUCGAUUAUUCCAAAUUUGCAUCUCGCGGAUGACCGGAUUUCAGGUGAUCCGCAUAUUGGUCACAUUGAUAACGCCGCGCUGAGCAACGUGUCAAACCUAGCUGGCUGGGCGGUUCUAUUGAUUAAUACGGGGCGGUGAUAUCGUAAUCGUUACGCGAUUACUCCAUUAGUAAAUCGCCUACUUCCAUUUACUCUGUACAAAUAAAGACAUUCAGGUAAAUCAAACUUGUAAGAUAGUAGACGGAUGUUGCAAGACGUUAAUGUAAGACAGUCUCAUGUAGAGCGACUAUAAACUUCGACUUACUUUACGACGGCACAAAUUUUAGUCCUUUCCACCGGUACAUAUCAUUCCGAAAUUCGUUUUCCUCUUUUCACGCAUAUUGAUUUGACACAUCCGACGUAAGCGUAUUUAUCGAAUUCAUGACGGAAUUCUACGUUAAUCGUAUCUGUGAGCACGGUACACGCAGAAUUGGGCCCAAAAUAAACAUUUAUUGCGACGUAUAAAGCGCGUUGAAGCUUAUUCAUUUUUGAUAUCUCAUUUCGAGAAUUAAUCUCCGUGGUCGUCGAAAUCAACGACUGGUUUUAGACUAAUAUACGCGUUCGCCUAUAUUGUCAAAUGAAACAAAACUGUAUUUUCUGAACCAUAUAUUGAUUUCUACGGUACCAAGAAUGGUUUUUAAAAAUAGCGAAAGGACAUGUAAAAGCGCUUUGUUCAUAUAUGCACGUUAGUAUAUUAAACUUCUAAAAAUAUUGAUAUAUCUAUAUUUUUUGUUGAAUUAUACAUUCGUAGAAUUUUCCUUCGGAUUGCAUUUAUAUAUUUCUUGCGCCUGUGUAGAUUGUAAAAAUGCACUUUUGUCGAGAAAAAUUUAGAAGAUAAAUUGACCUCGUGUAUCUGGAUAUGCGCAAGAUUAUUUAUUUGCUUGCACCGAAAUAUAUUUUCCCGACGUAUUAUUAUGCGUGCGUGGGAAAAUUCGAGAUCGACGAUAUGCCGAUUAAGAUUCGUGAUAUAUAGAAGGCUAUAUUUCGUAGACUAGAAACAAUAUCGCAAGCUCGCAGCGCAAGGGAGCGAGUCUCGAGCGAACAAAUUUGAUAGAACUCAAAUCUCUUUGAGCUCCGUCAGAUUAUGAAGAAGAUUUUAUCGAAAUCCAUCGACGAUUGAAACCUUUGCUUAGCGUUUUACGACCUCUGGUAAUUAAUAAAAUAUCUACCGUAGCGAAUGUUCUAUUUGAUCCAAUUAAAAUCUUUGUUCCGUUUUAUAACGUUCCGUGUCUGAUGGAAUUCGAAUUUCUUGAACCGCGAUGAAAUUUCCACCUAACUAUUUUUAAUCAAAUAAGCUUUUCAUGAGCCCCGCGGAACUUUUUUCUUUAAAGUGAAGUUUUCGUAAGUACCAUCGAAGUUUAGAGUUUGAUGUUGGCAUUCCAAAUUUUGUUUGCAAAAUAUAAUAGGGAAUAUAGGAGGAACGGGGUGAGAAAAUAAUGGUUGAUCACGAGAUCGGAUCAUUUUUCAAAUUACACCUACGAUACACUAGAAAAGACAUCUUUACGCCACUUGUAAUGAGAUAGUUUAUCAAAAUGUUUCUUUUAAUUCAAUCAGGAGACAUCUUGACCAAUCGAAUUUAGGUAUAUGAAAUACUUCGCAUAGUUCAUAUUCAUAUUUAUUGAUUGUGGAUAAGGGAACUGACUUUUUCCCCAAUGCAUUGCAUGCGAUUUAACAUUCUUUGAGAAAUGGUCCGACCAGAAAUUGCAUCACGCAUCGUGGAAACAUUUGAUUUCCAUGUUUGAGAUUCGGAAUUCGUUUCUUGAAAAGAAUUCAACGGGUAGAAUGAUGUUAGAUAGCGUGUAAGACUGUCGUGAUAUGGGAUUAUUGUACAUGUAUAUACAUAUAUCUAAGUGAAAAGAAGAGAAAUAAAAGAAUGAGAAGGCAUGAGAA